UUCCGGGCCAAUGGAGUACUCUCUCGAGUUUAGGGUUAUUUAUCUCUCAGAGCCGAAGCAGUAGAUUGUUCCGCUCUCACUCCUCGUCGCCCGCCACCAACAAUACUGUUCUGGUUUGCAGUAUAUAGACCGGGGAAAGAGAAAAGCGAAAGGCUUCAGCCAUGAGUAAGCUUCAGAGCGAUGCGCUGAGAGAAGCAAUAUCUCAGAUUGCUAGUGAUGCCAAGGAGAAGAAGCGCAAUUUCACUGAAACCAUUGAGCUCCAGAUUGGUUUGAAGAACUAUGAUCCUCAAAAGGACAAACGGUUCAGCGGUUCUGUGAAGUUGCCUCACAUUCCUCGACCCAAGAUGAAGGUUUGCAUGCUUGGUGAUGCUCAGCAUGUGGAAGAGGCUGAGAAGAUAGGUUUGGAAUAUAUGGAUGUGGAAGGGCUGAAGAAGCUUAACAAAAAUAAGAAACUUGUUAAGAAACUAGCUAAGAAAUACCAUGCCUUCUUAGCAUCAGAAGCUGUCAUCAAGCAGAUUCCCCGUCUAUUAGGUCCCGGUCUCAACAAAGCAGGGAAGUUCCCUACCCUAGUCACUCACCAGGAGUCUCUUGAGUCUAAAGUCAAUGAGACUAAAGCAACUGUAAAGUUCCAGCUCAAGAAAGUUCUCUGCAUGGGAGUUGCUGUUGGCAACUGCAGCAUGGAGGAAAAGCAGAUCUUUCAAAAUGUUCAAAUGAGUGUUAACUUUCUAGUUUCCUUGUUGAAGAAGAACUGGCAAAAUGUAAGGUGCUUGUACCUGAAGAGUACCAUGGGGAAGCCCGUCCGAAUCUUCUGAGUUCUUAUUAUUUCACUUAUUCGCCGAAGAAUAGAUUUAGUGUGAGCGCCCCAAACAAAAAAGGACAGAAAACACCGAAUCGAUCAAUUUUCCCAUACUGUCAAGUGUUGUUUAAACGAGUUUUGAGUUUAGCAGUUUUCUGAUGUUGGUAGCUGUUUGUUUUAAUUAUCUCAAAGACUUAUGAGAACGUUAUGACGCUUGUUUUCUACGCAAAUGGUAUCACAGAUAGUGGUAAUCACCUGAUAUGAAGUUAUCA